AUGACACAUCAAUAUUUCCAGAUAUUCUCCACCUCCACCUCCACCUCCGCCGCUGCCGAUUUCCUCCACUCCUACACCGUCACCCCUCCGAUCCAAGACUGGCCCCACCGCCUCUCCCCAAAGUGCCUCAUCUCCCUCAUCACCCGCGAGCCCAAACUCGACCUCGCCCUCCAAAUCUUCCACCACGCCUCCAAAUACCACCUCGGAUUCCACCAUAAUUACCACACCUACCACGCCAUCAUCCGCCUCCUCCUCCUCUCCCGCGCUUUUCACCUCAUCGACCCCCUCCUCUCCGACCUCCUCGCCUCCAAUCUCCGAUGCAGCGAAGACCUCUUCAUCUCCCUAAUCAGCAAUUAUGGCGUCGUUUCACGCCCUAAACUCACCUUCAAGACAUUUAUCACCAUACCGAAAUUCGGCGCCCAGCGAUCCGUGAGGUCCUUGAAUGCGUUGCUGAACGCUUUGGUUCAGAAUCACGAGUAUAGAUUAGUUCACUCGGUGUUUCGGAACUGUAGGGAGAGGUAUGGGGUGGUGCCGAAUGUGUUUAGUUGUAAUAUAUUGAUCAAAGCACUGUGUAAGAGAAAUGAUUUGGAGACUGCACAUCAGGUGCCCGAUGAAAUGCCUGCGAUGGGAUUUGUGCCCAAUGUCGUGACUUUUACUACCAUUUUGGGUGGUUAUGUGUCGCGGCGCGAUAUGGUUGGUGCCAAGAGGGUGUUUGGUGAGAUUUUGGACAGAGGGUGGUUUCCUGAUGUGACUACAUAUACUAUAUUGAUGGAUGGGUAUGUGAAGCAGAGGAAGCUGGUUGAGGCUAUUAAGGUUAUGGAUGAGAUGGAGGAUAAUGUGGUUGGCGCCAAUGAGGUCACUUAUGGGGUUAUGAUUGAAGGUUAUUGUAAGGAAAAGAAGUCUGGUGAAGCGGUUAAUUUGCUUGAUGAUAUGGUGGAGAAGAGGUAUAUACCGAGCUCGGCGCUCUGUUGUAAGGUGAUUGAUGUUUUGUGUUGCGAAGGGAAGGUGGAGGAUGCUUGUGAACUGUGGAAGAGGCUUUUGAAGAAGAAUUGCACACCGGAUAAUGCAGUAUUGGGCACGCUCAUAUACUGGCUUUGUAAGAAGGGAGAAAUGUGGGAAGCCAGGAAAUUGUUUGAUCAGAUUGAGAUGAGUGAGCCUUCGGAUGUCAUGACUUACAACGUGCUUAUUUCUGGAAUGUGUGAAGUGGGGGAGUUGUGUGAGGCUGGGAGGUUAUGGGAUGACAUGGUGGAGAAAGGAUGUUCUCCGAAUUCUUUUACAUAUAAUGUAUUGAUCAAAGGAUUCUGUAAGAUUGGAAAAGCGAAGGAUGAUGAUUCUAAUAGAAAUCUUAUCAUGAUCAACAGUUCUUGA